GUAAAAUGGGUUUAUACUUUCUUGGUAGAGAUCGUGCUUUUCGUAGCUAUUAUUAUAUGUGCUCAACUUUUGUAAUUCAAUGCCCUUCAAUUGAAGAUUGUGGAAAAUGUGAAGAAUCAACUCCAAAUCCAACUCAGUUAUCGGCCGACGAAGAUGAUGACAUUCAAAUUCUUGAUUCCUAUGGAGUGGCUGUAUCAGGCAUGUCAGAAAAUAACAAAGCACAUGAAAAGCCAUUAGUGAAUGAAGGAAGCAAUAAUGUUAAUAAAUGUACUGAGUCGUUAUCUAACGGUGAGAAAUUGAAUACUGUUGAACAGGAAGAACACAAAGAUCAGAAUGAUGUUAUUGAUGACGAAGGUUUUGCUGAUGUUGAUCCUCUAAUGGCUUGUACUAGUAAAAAGGGUUGUCCUGUGCAUAAUCCCUCAAGUGGUCGGCUUUUAUAUUACAUUGAAAGGGAUGCUAUAUUGAAUUCAUUAAAUCCUCGUGGUUUUCGUGAAUCUGAGCUUUCUGAAAAUAUUUCUUUUUUCAAAGAAAUUUAUACAAAAGAGAUGAAUGAUUUUUUGGAUGUUUGGAAGGAUCGUCAUUCUGUUCGACCACUUUCUUUAAAAUUAUUUGGUUUUAGUUCAAGUAAUCCUAAGGAGUUGGGAGGUGGCAAAGAAGAAGUUAAAAUUGAGCAAAGUCCAAGUAUUUCUGAUGCUUUGUAUAGGGACAUGAUCUCACAUUUGCUUCAAUUAGAGGAAUUUGUCCAUGAGAGACGAUUCGGUUACCCUCGUUGCACAGUUGACCGUGAAAAAUGGCGACAAGCAUUGGAAGCAGAUGGUGAUACUACACCAUUCUGUGUUGAUAAUCGUGUUUCUGUUCUUCAUUCUUCACACUCAGAUAUUCUAUUUGCUCCUAGUUCAUUGUUUGGCAAAGAAAUUUUUAAUAUAACUCCCGUCGAGAAACUUGCCGUUGCUUUAAUUCAGUUAGCUCAGGGCGUUAAAUUGGAAUGUCUGCAAUCGCCAUUCAUCACUGAAACAAAAAGAAAUGGAUUAGGCUUAACACCGUCACAAACAUUUAUUGAUUGGCAACGUGCUAUAAAAUUUUGUCAAAGCCCUUCAGCAGUAGCUCUUUUCGCUACAACAUUUGAAUAUUCUGUCAAUUGGGAUUAUGAAUCUCCCUUAGAGAAAGAAAGGAGAAAAAAAAACACUGUUGCUAAUAAUUUGGUUAAUUCACAAAAUCAACCGUUGGCAAACAAUAACCGUGCAUGUACUGUUCUUGCAAAACCUCGUCGUGAGGCACGGGUUCUUCUAGCAGAUGCUGCUGAUUUGUUGGUCAGUGGGCCGCGCCAACGACGUCCUGUUACAAAAUAUGGUGAAUGCGAGAUGGAUUUAGAUAAAAUUGAUUUUGGAGAUGAAAAAUUGAGUGAAUCUGAAGGAACCGAUAAAGAAACGGAAACUGAGGAAGAAAUGGAGAACAGAAUUCUUGAUGAGAAUGACGACAUUGGAGAAUCUAGCGAAGGAGAUGUGGAGGUUAGGAGGGACGACUUUUCAGACGACGAAGAUGAAGAUUUAAAAUCAAAAAAGAAUCGGCGUCGGUCUCAUCUUCAUCAUUUUGACGGGUUUGGUGCUCUUCGAUAUGAAGGUUUAGGAAGGAAAAGGAAGGCAGUAACUCAUUUCGACCCUUCCAAUUAUGCCGGAACAAGUGGUUAUUCUGAUGAUCAAGGGACUUCUACAUCGUAUGGACAACAUAUUGAUUUAGAAGAAUUUGAAAAUAAAAAUGAUGGGGGAAGUGAUAAUGUUGAUAAUGAAUGGUUAAUAGAUGACGAUCAAAUGAAUGAUGAAACUGGACAACAACAACAAACAAAUGAAGGUAUUUUGUUGGAAGAAUGGCAACAACUUGGUUAA